UCCUUCCUAACUAUCUAUCUAUCAUGUAUACAUACUUCUCUAUCUUCUACACACUUCUCAUAAUACCAGCAGUUCAGUUUCUCUCAAUCUCGGCGGAGAGGAGCUAAACUGUCCAACGGGUAUAUAAGAGGAGAGAAGGAUGCCAGGAGGGACAAAUACAAUCUCUAAUUCAUCAACCUUCACAGGCUGGUUGGAGUCUACAGGGUUAGAUGAGCUGUUAAUAAACCCAUGCGCUUGUAUUUUUGGAGAGGAACCCCCUCCUCCACCUCUACCUGGAGAAAGAAGACGACCUCAGACGACUGGUCGGGGUGGUCGAGGUGCCCAGCAAACAGUGGUAGUCGAGGAACCGGAACCUUCUUCUAUGUUCAGCUGGGCAGCACUCUUCGGCUCUACUACAAGUGCUACCUCUGUUCAGAGCACACAUCUUGUUCAAAAUACGGAGCCGAAGGGACCAGCUUCGGGCGAGCCCUCUGAGAAAUGCGGAGAUUUGAAUUUUAGUCUUGAUUAUGAUUUCAACACACAAACUCUCCGACUUAAAAUUAUCCAGGGACGUGAUCUUGCAGCUAGAGAUACAAACGGUCUUAGUGAUCCCUAUGAGAAGUUGGGAGAAAUCCUCCUGAGUUUAACAUAUCUCCCAUCAACUAACACUCUCUCUAUUCAAAUCAUAAAGGCUAGGAACUUGAAAGCUAAAGAUAUAAAUGGAAAAUCAGAUCCCUACGUGAAAAUUUGGCUGUUCUUUGGUGAGAAAAGAGUGGAUAAAAAGAAAACCCCGAUAUACAAGUGUAAUCUGAACCCUACAUUUAACACGACAUUCGAGUUCGAUGUUCCUUGGGAACAGAUUCGAGAUUGCAGCCUCGAGAUUUCGGUAAUGGACUUCGAUACCAUCGGUAGAAACGAGCUCAUCGGCAAACUUAUGCUCGGAGCUCGGAACGGGUCGGGUCCGAGGGAGACAGCACAAUGGGGAGAUAUGAUUGCUAAACCUAGACAAUCUUCCGUAGUUUGGCACAGGUUAAAGCCAGGAGAGUAAAUCUCUAGGAUGGAACUCAAGACCAGGGCUCGAGAAGUAAUUAAUUUCUAAAAAAAUGUAUUUUAAAAAACAGUAAAUCAUAGGAUUACCGCUGUAUACUAUAUACCCCAAUAAAAAUUACAACAUAUAUAUAGUGACACUUCGCGUAUAUCUUUUUUAAAUUUUUGUUUGUUGAUUGUAUACAUUUGUAAAAAUAGUUGUGAGCAUAAGAAGAGUCUUUAAAGUUUUAUUUUGACUGAUAUCCUUUUUGUAUCCUAAAAGAUGCAAUAUGCUUUCAUAAGAGGAAAAAACUCACAAAAACUAUUUUUUGAAUUUUAAGAAAUUAUGAAAACCGUGGUGCCGUUUUAAAUUAAAGAUUUUGAUCUGAUUUGAUUCAUUUCACACGUUUUUUUGAUGAAUCAAUAUUUUCAUUUGAAUAAAAACAAUCUAAUGUUCAAUUAUGUGGAUUUUGUUGACUGUUGACAGUUAUUUUUUAAAAACUAAUAGAAGAUGUUUUCCCUUUUAGAUUGUUUUUACAGACGCAAGUAAUUUUUAAAAAGCGGGCUUCAUUAGAUUUUUGAGAAUCCAUACGUUCUGUAUUUUAAAUUGAAAAACUUAGCUAGAUGUAUAUUUAAAAAAGUUAAAUAUCUGUAAAAUUCGAAAACAUAUUUGCACAAACUGAUAUUAAACAUAUUUAAUGAAUGUUCAAACAAGAAAUUUACAAGGAUUUAAAUUUACAAAAUCCAAAUUAUUCAAAAGUUUUAAAAUUAAUUGUAAAAUAUUUUUAAAGUAUUUGUAAUUUAGUAAAUGUCAAAACUUUAUGUACUAGUAAAAGUAUUUUAUGUACAAGUUUACAAGUAGUGAGUUUUUAUGUACAAGUAGUACCCCUUUCAGACGAUAGAUACAUAUAUAUUUGAUGUACACUUUA